CAGGUCCAAUGAUCUCCGAUCGGACGGCCGACAGGGCCCCUCCCCUAGAUUUGUGUGGGAUUGUCCUUGGUCCCUGCCCUUAGUUUUUCCCAGAGUAGGCGUCUUCCUCCUCGAGGCGCAGAAGAUUGUCCAGGCGGAAAGAUGAAACUGGCAGCGCCGCUGAAGGGAGUUCCCCCUGUGUACUACGGAGCGUGGUUGCUCGUCGCUUGCUUCCUUCUCUCCCUGAUCUACCUCUCCGCCACCAACUCCGACGCGCUCAGUUUUUCCUUCCUGGGUUCUCAGAUGUCUUACUCUGUUACGGCUCCUGCGAGUUCUACCGCUAGUAGCAACCAGCAAUUUGGAACGAGGGAAAAAGAGGGAAUUGAGAGAUCAUCGCCGUGCGAUCUGACGUUCAACUAUUGCGAAGUGGAUGAUCGUGCAGUGCUCGAUCGGAGCCGAGAGACUGCCGAAUCCCUAAACAAUAACAAUGCAUCUACUACUGUGGAUCAGUUGCAGAGAUCCCCCACGACGAAAGCAGAAAUGUCGGAUCGAUCGCCACUGUGCGAUCUUUCCAACUACAGAAGCGACACUUGUGAAAUCAAGGGCGACGCCAGAGUAGCCGGCAAGGAUUCGCCCUCUGUGGUAGCAGUUCUUCCCGGCGGCUCAAGCGUGCAGUCAUGGAAGAUCAAGCCGUACGCCAGGAAGUCGGACCCGACGGCGAUGCGCAAUGUCAGGCAAAUCGAUGUGCGAGCGGUGGUCGACCAUAUUGCCGCCGUCCCGCGAUGCGACGUGACCCACACGGCGCCCGCCGUCGUCUUCUCCACCGGCGGCUACCUCGGCAACUACUUCCACGAUUUCACCGACGUGCUGGUGCCGCUGUUUCAGACCGCCGGGCCGUUCGCCGGCGAAGUCCAGCUCGUCGUCGCCGACUUCAAGUUCUGGUGGGUCGGCAAGUAUUUGCCGUACUUCAACAGGAUCUCGCGGUACCCGAUCAUCGAUUUCGACAGGGACGAACGCGUCCACUGCUUCCGGCACGUGCUCGUCGGACUGAGAAGCAGCCGGGACUUGAUUAUAGACCCGGCGAGCUCGCCGGCGAGGUACACCAUGCUCGAUUUCACCAAGUUCAUGAGAGAAGCCUACUCGCUCGACCGAGACCACGCCGGCGGCGCGCGGGGGAGGAGGAACCCGAGGCUCUUAGUGAUCUCGAGGGCGAGGACCCGGAAGUUCAUGAACGUGGACGAGAUCGCGAGGCUAGCAAGGAAGGUGGGGUUCGAGGUGGUGGUGGCGGAGGCCGACUUCGGCGGCGUGGCCAACUUCUCCCGGCUCGUCAACUCCUGCGACGCCAUGCUGGGCGUGCACGGCGCGGGGCUCACCAACGCAGUCUUCCUGCCGACGAACGCGGUUCUGAUUCAGGUGGUGCCUUUCGGGAAACUGGAGUGGAUCGCGGCGAACUACUUCAGGAAUCCGGCGAGGGAGAUGAGGCUGCGGUACCUGGAGUACACGAUCGGAGCCGAGGAGAGCACGCUGACGGAGCUGUACUCGAGGGACGACCCGGUGUUCAGAGAUCCGGAGUCGAUACACAAGCUGGGAUGGUUCACCAUGGGCGCGAUCUAUCUGGACAAGCAGAACGUGAGGCUGGAUUUGAGGCGGUUCAGGCCGGUUUUGUCGAGGGCUCUGAAGCUUCUCAGGAAUUAGGGAAAUUAGGGUAAAGGAAACGAAAUCCACCACCACCAAACAACGAAUGUAUCUCAUCAAAUCAUAGCUGUUAUCUACAAAACCGUAGCUACUACUAAUAUAACAAUUACAAUUUCGUAGUUGGUAUA